AUGGAUCCGUCUUCUGAAUACUGGAAAACGUUGGGUCAGAUCCCAACCACAACGACAGGAAUGCCAUUUGAGUAUGGUUGGCCUGGAACGACCAUGCUGAAUUGUUUUCCACCGACCAGUCAAGGCUUGAUGAAUCCAUUGGAGCCACAGCUGACUUCUCUAGAUGGUCCUACGGUUAAGGACGAGAUCAAACAUGAGGUUGGUUUGGAAUUUAAAAAUUUUGAAAAAUUUGAUUUUUUUAAAAAUUUUAUUAAUUUUGUAGGUGACUUUUAUUCCUGGAGGCUGUUCUUAA